AUAAUUAUACGUGUUAUCUAGACAAAAAAUACAAAUAAUUUGGUGUUUUUUUAUUUAACUAGCAUUCCAUUGUAAAUAAAAUUUAUGUGAAGACACAGAAUAAUGAUAAAUACGGUUAAAUGUUAAAAUAAGCAUACGAUGCUUGUUCGGACGCCCCUAACGGUCGAUGAAUUUCCUCUAAACUGUCGAAAAUGUAUUGAAAAUUUUAAUGGGAAAUGUUGAUAUUUAAAAUAAUGAUUGUGUGUGUAUUAAAAACUUUGAAGAGUUAGUGACUGCUGGCUACAAAAUGGGGGAUAAAAUGAACAGAGAAUACUUCGAGCCUGGGGCCACAGCCUUCAAUUACAAUAAUGUGACGGGAGGUGCAGACAGCGCCAGCGGCGGGUCGGGUGGCUCGGGCAUGGAGUGUCUGCAACUUCGCUCGCCUCCUGGACCCUUCAACUACCUCAUCUCGGAGCAGGCUAAGUCCCUCGUAGCUCUACAGGAACUCCAGAAUGAAGUCGGAGCUUUGCUCGAGUUUCGCGACCUCGUCAUCGAGACAUUCCCAAACCUGCGCUCCAAGAUGGCGCCAUCGACGCCCGCGAGCGGUACGCGCCGCGACUGGGAGCCAGGUGUGCGUGUGCGCCGGAAGCUGGCCGCCGGCGCCGGCGACCCCAACCGCACCAAGCCGCAGCCCUCUGUGCAGGACUCCGGCUUCAGCACCGAGACCUCCUGCGGCAAAGACGCGCACUCCUCCUCGGCCUCCGCCUCCGCGUCAGCUACCCGCUCCCGUCCGCUCGAAGACGAGCUGUGGGCACUACUCGACGUUAUCCAGCGCAAAGGAAUCCGACUUAGAGAUGAGGCGGAACAGCUUCGUGGCGAGCUCGAUGACCGGCAGCCCGCAGACACCGUGGAAGAGUCGUUCACCCGCGCGCUCACGGACGCCACGUGCGCACAGUGCGCCGACACGGGGCGGCUGCGGGCCGAGCGGGACGCGCUGCUGCUGCGCGCGGCGCAGCUGGAGGCGGCGGCGGCGGCGCGCACGCCGCUCGGCCGCCUCGACGUGGCGCUCGACACGCCCUCGCGCCCGCCGCGCGUCGCCACGCCAGACUCCAAGAAGUUCGCGGCGAUUCUCCUCGAGAGCAAUCCUGUCGAACUUCAGAGACAGUUGCUCACCUCCACCGUUCAAAAUCAGGUAUUGAGCGACCACCUGAGACGCGCCGCCGCACAGCGCACGCUACUUAUAGAGAGACUGGAGCGCGCGCGAGAUCUUAAUGAAGACCUCAAAUUUAGACUAGAGGAGAAAAGCAUCGAGCUGGAGGGUGCGCGCGCUCUGGUACGCCAGCUGGAGGGCCGGCGGCGCAGCCCGGCGCGGGACGCGUCGCACAGCAGCAUGCGCGACAUGGAGCCGCUGCACAUGCCGGAGUCGGGGCUGGGCGACACGCCGCGGCGCCGGCCGUCGCGCAUCCCGCUGCACACGGCGCGGCCGGCGGCGCCCGCGCGGCCCGCGUCGGCGCACUCGGCGCGCUCGGCGGGCUCGGCGCGCUCGGGCGGCGCGCGCAAGGAGCCCAAGCCGGCGCUGCGCCGCUCGCCCGCCACGCCCGACCCCAAGGUGCGCCAGCGCCCCUUCUGGAACGCGUGGUUCUUUUCUAAAGAUUCCGGCUCAUAA